UAGCACAUAAACUUGUGUUUUUGAAAAAUAAAAGAAUGUGGUUAGACCAAUGAAAUUGAUUGUUGCGAUCGCUUUUCGGACGAUUUUUCGUUUUUACGCAGUUUAUAGACAAUAAUUUUAUUGAUUGGAAUUUAUUAUCUACAUAGUCAUAAAGCUGGCCCCGAGUAAAGUUUGGUUUCCAACACCUCACCUCACAAUGACCUGAAAAAAUCUUCAAUAUGAUGGACACACAAGAACUUGAAAAGAAUAUAAGGAAUAUGUUUCCUGCACGCCUUGUUCACAAAAGUGACUACUCAGAAAAUAUUGCUGUGAAGACAUUGCCUCUUAUUGGCCGUGUACAUUUUGUAAAAGACACAAAUGGGAUUAUGCAAGUAUCUUUAAUAUUUGCCUACUGGGUGUAUGGGACUUUCAGUACACUCUUCAUCAUUCUUCUACCACAAUACCAUGAUGGGCGCGUACCAGCAUUCAUAAUCUAUAGUUUCAUGGCUGUGAGUGUCAUGUGUCUGCUGUCCCUAAUCAAGGCAUCCAUCACCAAUCCUGGUAGAGUUCCACUGCUGAAUGAAGAUCAAAACAGCAUAGAUACCUCAAACUGGGUUUUUUGCCAGUUAUGUAAUCGCAAACGUCCUCCUCGUGCCCAUCAUUGUCGUCGCUGCCACCAGUGUGUACUACGCAUGGAUCAUCAUUGCCCAUGGAUCAAUAACUGUGUAGGGGAAGAGAAUCACUUUGCCUUCAUGUUGUUGCUGUUGUACGCUAUGUUACUGAGCACUUAUGCCCUCAUUCUUACAUUCUUCCAUUUUUGGAUAUGGCCCAAGUGCUCUAGCUGUGAUAAGGAGGCAUUUCACAUCAAACACAGCAUCUGGUUUAUGUACCUUCUGGUUGUCAUGGCAUUGAAUAUGGCAUUGGUUAUGACAGCUCAGUUUUCUAUACAAAGCUUCAACCUUUUUAAUGAUAGAACAACCUUAGAAAAUAUGCAAAAUGCUCCACAUAAUAUGAACCGGCAGAGACACUGGUAUAUGGCCUACAAGGAGCUGUGCGGCAGGUCGCACAUUCUGUGCUGGUUCUGGCCGUGUCGCAGACGAGUUUCUCACCUGACCCGCCCUGGCGCCUCACCUGUGUGACGUACGCACCCUCGUGUGUCUCGCGCUGUCGACUCCACUUGUCGAGUACCAUGCUGGCAUGUUUGCGACCGAGUUUUGGCAACUUGAUCUGGGUAGCAUGCAUUUUAGCACAGAAUUAGCUGCACUCUUAAAUGCAAAUGCACACAUUACGCACAGACACAUACGCACCCUUCCACGUAGACACGGUCUCACAAACCACAAACCCUCUCAAGUAGUUUUCGCUUUACCGCGUUAUACAUCGUUAGAUAUUUUGUCUCUCGGUCUGUCGUUGUAUAUUUAAAGAGACGUUUUUAUAUAAGUAGUUUUGCGCUUUUAUGCAAGAAAGAAUUUUCUAUGUUCUUACAAUGUGGUUAUAUUGUUUUAUUCACUAUUGAUUAGUCAGCCUUUUAGAUGUGGGGCGUCAUUAUCAGUUUCUUGAGGAUGCCACAGCCAUACAUGUUUACCUCCUUCAACCUACCUAUCGAUCAAUCUGCCCAGGUUCACUGUUCAAAUGUAUAUGAACCGGGUGUCGAUUUUUUUUUAAACAAUCGGGUUUGGAAAGCAAAUAGUUUAAGGUCUCAGACCGGCCAGUUGACCAGCAAUUUUGUCCGGCUAUGAAAGACACGGGACCUGCAAUCAAGUGAACAUCCAGGGCAUGUCGUUUGACCAGCUAGUCUAAGAGCUGCUACUUUGAAUGUUAUCAGUUCAACUAACAAUUCGUCCUUCGACCAGCCUCAACCCAAAAGGUGGGACAUUGUGUUUCAGAUCAAAAGGUCUCUGAGUGACUUGAUUGGCUUAUAUGUUCCAGACCUUUGAAGAACUAUUUACUUGCCUUUAUGUUUGUGAUUACUGCUCAGAGCGAUUGAAUUCAUUUUCAUAUUUACAUGUCAUAGUAACAUUAUGCAAUACACAUACCUAAUAUUAAUUCAGGGGGUUUUCAGGCAACUACAUCAAUGUGAUAACAAAUGUGAUUUCAUCAGUAUAAUUCCUUCAUUUUUUAAAAAUAAGUUUUAACUGGUGUAACUGAAUUUUCUCUUUAAAAUCUACUGUGUGUGUGUGUGCGUGAGUGAGAGAGAGAGAAAUAGUGUUUGAUAAAAAUGGUAACGAUGACUCCACGACUAAACCUUAUCAAGCAAUUGCUUCUCCAUUUGCGAGCUUGUUAGCAUUACUUUAUGUGCUUUUAACAUGUAAACAUAAACAUAGAGAUGAAUGUAUAUAAUGGCAUCCUUUAUAAUGUAACUUUGUUGCAGCAGUAUAGAUUAGGAUACUUUUUUUACAAAUGAAGUAAAAACAAAACAUGA